UUGCAGAUAUGAACAGGAAGCAGCUUAACAGGAAGCAGCACUGUGGACAGCCCUGCGGUUACCAUCCAACCGUCUGUUUUUCUAGCAAAUGUUACAUCCAAACUGCUGUGCUCUCCUUUAAACUCCUCCUCUGACUACGUUUCUUUAAACUGGUGGACAGGGACUAUUCAAUAAUGGGUUGUCUCACAAGCAAGUCAUGCAGGGAGAGACAGAGAUCAGAGGCUCCAGGACCCAGCGGUGUGUCCGUGACAAGUGAUGGACCAGUGACCUCUGACCCUCUAAUCGCACAGAGAUCAGAUCCUCCAGGAAUCAGCGGUGCAUCCACAGAGCCACCUCCUCGCUGGUGCCUAUGCCUGAGCAAGAACCAGUGUGUGUGCCUGUGCGUGUGCCUGAUCAUCGGCUUAGUGAUUUCAGUGGUUGUGGGAUUGAAAAUAUAUCUAAAUUCCAACAAUUCGGGACACCCUGAUGAGUGCUAUGCUAAAGCAGCAGUGGCAGCAGGUGCCAGGACGUGCUCUGAGAUCGGGAGGGACAUUUUGAAGCGUGGCGGUUCAGCAGUUGAUGCUGCUAUUGCUGCUCUGCUGUGUGUGAGUCUGGUUAAUACCCAGAGCAUGGGCAUCGGAGGAGGUGUGGUUUUCACCAUAUACAACGCGUCAACAGGAAAGGUGGAGACAAUUAAUGCAAGAGAAACCGCUCCAAUGAGUGCUUCAGAGAACAUGUUCGGCAGUGACCCUGAGAAAGCAAAACCAGGAUUAUUCAUAGCUGUGCCAGGAGAACUACGUGGUUAUGCGCUGGCACACAAAAGACACGGGAGACUGCCAUGGAAGGAGCUGUUUGAGCCCAGUAUAAAGCUGGCAUUAGAUGGAUUUCGGAUUGGCAAGGCCUUGGCCAGAGCCAUUAAUGAGACUCGUCAUACAAUUCUGAAUGAUAAAACAUUGUGUGAAGUGUUUUGUGACUCAAACAAUAAAACCUUGAAGGAAAAUGAUACUAUAAGAUUUCCCAAACUAGCAGACACCUAUAAGAAGAUAGCAGAAGAAGGACCAGAUGCCUUUUACAAUGGGUCAUUGACUCAGACUAUAGUGGAUGAUAUCAAUGCUGCAGGAGGGAUUAUAACACGUGAGGACCUGAAGAAUUAUCAGGCAGUGCUGAAUGAGUAUGCAUUAAACUUUACUGUGGGGAAAUACAUAUUUCAUGCUCCUGAUGCUCCAUUCGGUGGACCUGUGCUCGCUCUGAUACUCAACAUACUCAAAGGUUACAACAUCUCAAGCAGCAGUGUGUCCACAAUAAAGAACAAGACUUUGACGUAUCAUCGCAUGAUAGAGGCGUUCCGCUUCGCUGAUGCCCAAAAGAGUAAACUGGGAGACCCAAAUUAUAAUAACAUCACUGAGAUUGUCCAAAAAAUGACCUCAGUGAGCUUUGCAGACCACAUCAGGAGUAAGAUUAAAGAUGACAACAAACAAGACAGCUACUAUGAGCAGGAGGGCAUUGAUAAAGUGCCUGAUGACCAUGGCACAUCUCACCUGUCAGUCAUCGCAGAAGAUGGGAGUGCAGUGGCAGUCACCAGCAGUAUCAAUGACUACUUUGGUUCGGGGGUGAUGUCACACUCAACAGGCAUUAUAUUUAAUGACCAAAUGAGGGAUUUCAAUGAUCCUGAGGUGAUAAAUGGAGUUAGCAACAACAACUUAAUUAAACCAGGUAAAAGGCCACUUUCAUCAAAGUGUCCCACAAUAAUAUUGGACGAACAGAGCAGAAAAGUCAAAAUGGUGGUUGGAGGUGCAGGAGGAACAAAUAUCACCACAUCAGUUGCUCAGGUGAUCCUGAACUAUCUGUACUUUGACUAUGACCUGCAGAAUUCUGUUAAUGAACCCAGAGUUCAGAUCACGCUGAAUGUGACAAAUAUAGAAGCUGAAUUUAAUAAGAAACAUUAUCAGUGGUCCAGGCGGUCGUACAACAGAGGGACAAAAUCUGUACUGAAUCCGACCACAGGAAUUACGGCUCUCCUGCUGGAUACUGAGCGCUGCUCCUGCGAUCAUGCUGCUGUUGAGCCAGCAAAAGUAAAACCGUUGUUUAGUGACAGAUCCAGACGUGUUUGUUGGGAUGCAAUAAAACUUGAGCAGGCAACGUGCAGAAAGUUAUUCAUAAAUAACAUUGUUUCAGCCAUUCUACAUUACGAUAUCCCACAGCACCUAAAAAUGCUGCAUAUUUUAUCUGUAGUAUUCCAGUUUGUCCAUUUUUUUUAAUAAGCUUAUCUAUUGCUAUCACUUGCAUUUUGAAAUCUGCAAAAAAAAAAAAAAAAAAAAGCCUUCUCAAUAUACACUCAAAAAAUUGUAUUUUUACUGUUGUGAGCUUUACUGUAUAGAGUUUGAUAGUUGCAUUGUUUUGAAGAAUUGUUUGAAAAUCAAUAAAGUAUCAUGUAAGUACAAGCCUA